AGAAAUCCCUUUCUAGUGAAGCAGUUCCACUGGUUAAUUGUUCUAUCAGGAAGUUUCUUCUUAGUUUUAGGUUGCUUCUCUGUUUCUUCAGUUUCCAUCCAUUGCUUCUUGUUUUGCCUUCUGGUACUUUGGAAAAUACAUUCCCCCCACCUUCUUUCAGGCAGCCCCUUAAAAGCCUAUCACACUCUUGGGCAAAGCAUGUGAGCCAUUUCCUCCUUCCAGUGGUCCAUGAAAGUUCAUCUAUAGUAUAUAGAUAAUAAAGUUGAAAAAAGGUGAACAACAUUUUUACAGAACUAUAGAUACAUUGAGACUGGGUGUGACAAGGAAUGGCUGGGGGGGGGGGCAGGUGAGGCACCCCUUGAUGUGAGUGACAUUGAGUUGGCCAUGCUCACCCAGUCACAUGACCACAAAGCCAUGCCCACAAAGCCACGCCCACAGAACUGGUAGGGAAAAUUUUUAAAUUCCACCACUGGUUUGAACUAAUAUCCUCUUAUCCUGGUAAUUAUUUUUGUAAUAAUAUUUCAUACGAGUCUGAUAAUGUAAGAGUAGAAAUAGCAUCAUCAUGUUUUGGCCUCCAAACUUCUAAUCAUCUGACCAAAGUUGUAUUCAGUAUUCCAGGUGUGGUCUUGGAAGUUUCUUCCAACCUAGCCUAUUGUAAAAGAGUCUUAUAAUGAUAAAAUAGAAAGGCCUAAAUAUCCCACAUUUGUAUUACUUGAAGGUUAAGCAAGAUAAAAACAAGAUAAACUUCUGAAUACUUGACAGCAAGGCAAAAUCUAUUGAAAUCAAUGAGAGUUGCUGCCCUAGAUGGUUUUAUAUUUUGAUUAAACCCUCUAGAGGAGUCGGGUCAUUGAUUUUGCAAGGAAGAAAUCUAGUAUUAUAGUUAUUUCCAGGAAAGAUUUCUCUGGAUUUCAAUUCCUAAAUAGGUUAUAUAAUCCUUGUUUUCGAACAUGUUGAACCUUAUAACAUUAUUUAUUUUAACCAAUGUUCUGUUAAAGGCUUUGGAUUUUAUUCAAGGUAAAGAACUGAUAACUGUUAUGAUGUUGCUCAUUUGAGGCAGCUAACGAGCCUAGCAAUUAUUAACUUUAGCUCAGGCUCUCCUUCCCCACCCCUUUCACUUUGCUCCACAUUGAAUUCUACUUUGCAGAAUGUAGCAGCCUCUUCUUCUGCCAAGAUGUUCAGAAUGAAGAGAUUUAUACAGAGGUUCUGGAUUCUUCUGCAUGUGUGCCUGUCUACUAUCAUUGGUAAAAUCUGCAUGCUCUUCUUCCCAGGUACUGUGAAGAGCUAUCUCCUGAAGCAGAGAGAAAAGAGUGGCAUGGGAGACAAUCCAAAUUUCAUCUAUGAAAAUUGGGGUCCAACUUUCUUCAGCUUCUCUUACUUACUCUUUGUCUUGAAAGUCAAAUGGAAAAGGCUGGAAGAUGAAGCCUUUCAAGGCUAUCCUGCUCCUAACACCCCCGUAGCAAAUCUCAGUGGGAAAAUGCAUCGCAUUCUGGAUUUCAUGCAAGGUAACAGGCCUUUGGUUCUAACAUUUGGAAGUUGUACCUGACCUUCAUUCAUAUUCAGAUUUGGCGAGUUUAAUAAACUUGUUAAAGAUUUCAAAUCUGUAGCAGACUUUCUUGUAAUCUACAUUGAAGAAGCUCAUGCCUCAGAUGGAUGGGCCUUUAAGAACAAUAUUGUCAUUAAAAGUCACCAAACCCUCCAAGAUCGUAUAACGGCUGCACAGAAGCUACUAAAACAGCAACCCUUAUGUCCAGUGGUUCUAGACACAAUGGAAAACCUGAGCACUAACAAAUAUGCAGCUCUGCCAGAGAGACUGUAUGUGCUUCAAAAGGGAAAAGUUGUGUAUAAGGGUAGCCCAGGACCUUGGAAUUAUCGCCCACAAGAAGUACGUGAAUUUUUGGAACAACUUUACCUGUAAAAGAACACCUCAAAGCAACCUGUUUCUGA